CCGCGCCGGGAGACACGUGCCAGUGCCAGUCCCGAGUCUGGCCUCCAACCCAACCAGUUCGCCGCCCGACCCGCGGCGACCGCCCCCCUCGACCUCGAGGCAACCAAACGGAUGGGAGCGGCAGCCUGAUGCGAUGAGCCCGCCCGCCAUGCUGCUGCCCGUCGUCUGCUCCGCCGCGCCCAGCUGCUCCCCGCUCUGCCCGGUGACGGCGUCGCACGUCGUCGCGCGGGUGCCGCGGAGGGUGGACGUGGGCGCCGCGCUCAGGUCCUACGCCGACCCGCUCGUCGCGCAGGUGCCCGACCGCCCGCCGCUCGCGGACUCUUCCAUCCUCUCCCCGUACCCCAGCGCGCCGGACGACAUCGUCCGAGGCUUCGGCUUCGGCGGCGCGGCCUCCGAGCUGCCCAGCACCGGCGCCGGCGCCGACGCGCUAUGCUGCACCGGGACCAACCAGCCGCUGACGUUCGUCGCGGACCUGGCCGCUCCAGACCAAACUGCUACCGCCGUCACUGCCAUGGUGGACUCGGCCCCCAGCGACGCCGCGGAGCGGGCCCUGUCGGACGCGCCGUUCCCCACCACGUUCCCGUCCGACGCGUCCGAGGUCGAGGACUCCGUGGCCAGGCUCAUCGAUAAGCUCGGCAAGCAGGUCUUCCAGGCGGAGGACGAGCUCACCGAGGCCUACGACAAGCUGAGGCUGUCGGCGUACGACGCGCUCGGGACCUGGAGGAAGACGGUGCGCGACGCGAUCGGUGGGCUCAAGGUCUCGAUCGAUGCCAGUAAGGAGCAGGCCGCCGGAGGUGUCACGGACGCUUCGGGGGCGUUGCAGGAGAAGGUGGCGGGAGCUGGUGCCGUGGCUGUUGAUGUUGUUAGGAAGGCAAUUGUUGCUGCAGAAAAUUCGCUGGGCGGCGCGGCAACGUUCGUUUUGUCUUCUUACGAAUCCGCAAAGGAGUCUCUACCACCAAGUGUUAGAGAUCUGUUGAGCACGUCUGAGGAGAAAGCUAGUCUAGUAUUGAGACCAAUCGGAAAUGCUCUUCAACAGGUAUAUGUAAUUGUUGAAGGUGUUGAAAAGAAUGUUGGUUUGGACCCAAGUGAUCCUAUUGUUCAAUUGGCAGUUGUGCUUGGAGGUUCAGUGACAAUAGGGACAUCAUACUGGCUCUUCAUAUACGGUGGUUAUUCAGGAGACCUGUCACCAGAAUCAGCAUUGGAGCUAUUGAAAAAUGAUGGCAAAGCCGUACUUAUCGAUGUUCGGCCUGAGGAUUUGAGGGAAAAAGAUGGUGUUCCUGAUUUACGCCGUGGGGCUAGGUCUAAAUAUGCAAGUGUAGCUUCACCUGAGAUCAAAGGCCCAAUAAAGAAUAUGCUUAAAGGUGGAAGAGAUGUUGAUGAUGCCUUACUUGCAGUUGUCAUCCGAAACUUGAAAUUGGUUAAGGGUGAUUCAAAGGUCAUAGUUAUGGAUGCUAAUGGAGCCCGAUCAAAAGCUGUUGCUAGGUUACUAAAGAAGCUUGGCGUGCAGCGACCUUACCUAGUUAAAGGUGGUUUCCAAGCAUGGUCAAAGGACCUUCGUGUCAAAGAACUGAAACCUGAGACUGCAUUAACAGCAAUAAAUGAGGACGUUGAAGAAAUCAUUGAACAAAUAAAGCCCACCCCAACUCUUGUGCUCGGAUCUCUUCUGGGCCUCUCAGCACUUUCCUAUGCUAUACUAGAAUGGGAGACGACUCUGCAAUACAUCGCUGUUCUAAGCAUUGGGCUGACUAUCUACUCGCGAUUCUCUACAUACGAGAGCUCCGAGGAUUUGGAGCAGGACCUAAAGCUGUUGCUGUCUCCUGUACAAGUAGGAGCAGAAGCGUUGUCAUGGGCAGCUAAGAAGAUAGAGCCGAACAAGGUGGGCCUGCCGACGUCCCCCUCCACGACGGCGGUGAAAGACCGGGUUCUCCAGGCGGCGGCGAAGCACGAGUCGCAGCCAUCAGAUUCCGAAGAGUCGUCGGCCCAUACGGCCGAAGCAUGAGGCGGUGGUGGUCAGCUCCAAUCUGUGCAGCUGAAUAAGAACUCAAUCCGUAGCCCUCCGGUAAUCUGUGAGUUCGAUGGUGUUCUCUGAUCUGUAAGUGAUCGAUUUGAGUCCCUGGAAGCCGCUGUAAAUUAACGUGCAAGCAGUAUUUGUAAGUCGUUAACACCUUGUGUGUGUGUCAGCAAAAGAGGAUGUUAGCGUCGACAACCUUAGCUGGUAUGAAAAAUUCAAUGCUGGGGAACUUGAUCGAGCUUGUGCUCAGUGAAAACGAAGUACGAGCAUCUUAAAUCCCGGUCACCUGGUCAGAUGCUGCUCAGGUACAAA